AUGGACUUGAGAAACUUGUCGUCAACCCCCAACCAAAUGGAUGCGGUGAUGCAGCGCCGACCAUCGUUGUCGUCGUUGUCGUCUACCUCCGGGUAUUCUGGCGCCAACACCUCAGCCAACACCCCCCAGCUCUCCAACCAGAGAUUGUCGUCCACCAGCAGAAACAACCUCCAUUUGCAGAACUCGUGGUUGAAUCAGGGCUCGUCCCACGCUGGGUUGGCGUUGCCCUCGGCCGCCAACGUGGGUCCCUGGGUCGAGCAGCAGCAGCAGCAGCAGCAGUCCACCUUGAACAACAUGGACAACAAGGUUAUAGAGUCCCUGUUGCAAAAGGACAAGGCGCCCUCCAUCGCAGCCACCUCGCAGGCUGCCUCCACCAGCUCCAUCGAGGACGACGCCAAGGACAACGAUAACGAUCUUGAUAAUGAUAACGAUAACGAUAACGACGACGAUGAAUUGAUUCCCACGGCUAUUGUCAUUAAAAACAUCCCGUUUGCCAUCAAAAAGGAACAAUUGUUGGAUGUGAUGACAAAAUUGAAUCUUCCUUUACCCUAUGCAUUUAACUAUCAUUUCGACAAUGGCGUGUUCAGGGGCUUGGCCUUCGCCAACUUCACCUCCACCGACGAAACCUCCUUGGUAGUUAACCAGUUGAACGGCCGUGAGAUUGGCGGCCGGAAAUUGAGGGUUGAGUACAAGAAAAUGCUUCCCUUGCAAGAACGCGAACGCAUCGAACGCGAGAAGAGGGAGAAACGCGGUCAGUUGGAAGAACAACACCGCUCCACUUCCAACGCUUCUCUUGCCUCCUUGUUGUCUGCAGCAUCGACCACCGCUGCCACCAAAAACUUGAGUGUCAAUGGCACCAAUUCCGGUACCACCACCGAAAGAUUCAUGAUUUCUUUGCCUUUGAGUACCUCCUAUACCAACCUUCCAAUUGAUUUGAACUUCAAUGAUCCCGAGACUUUGGAAUUAUACACUCAAUUAGCGUUGUACAGAGAUGACAUGACCAAAUCCAUUUUCGAGUUGGCCAUCAGCCCCGCAAACUUGAAUUUGGCUCAACGCAAGGUUUUGUCGGUGUUGUGUUCUUAUUUAAACUUGUUGGAGUUGUUUGACAACGGGUUGAUUAUUAUUAGAAGAAAACCUGUACAACUGCAACUGCAACAGUCUGGCCAACAACAACCUCAAUCCCACUCAUCUUCGAUGUUGAACUUGAAUCAGUUGGGUCAAUUGGGUGCUCCAACCCACCCUGAAUUAUUGAGAUCUCAAUCUCAAUCAGCAUUACCUUUGCCAAGGUUAAGACAACAAACUUCCACUCCAAUUCAGCAACAUUUCCCCCAAUACCAGUCCAACGGCCAAAUGCCUCCUUCAAACCAACAACAUCAACAGCAUGGCCCUCCUCAACAAUCUAGACCUUACAGCCAGCAGUUUAAUGUCUACCAGCAGCAGCAACAACACACGCACCAGCAACAUCAACAAUCAGGCCAAACUCCUCAAAUGUUGAACGCCAUUAACGGUGCCCCUCCACAAGUUGUUACGCCUACCAUGGGAUCAAGUGCUGCCUCUUUGUUGAGAACAUCCAAUAAUCGUUCAUAUGUUGAUGUUCGCUCCACUCCACCAUUGAGUAACUAUCAAACACAGCCACCUUUACAGCAAGGUUCUGUGACCGGUUCUCCAACCCCACAGCACCAUCAUAGUCAUGGACAUGGAACUGGUCCUAGCGCCGGAUCGGGUGCUGGAAGUCACCAUCCAUCUGUGCCACCUCACUUUUUCCAGGGACCUUCAUCCAACUCUCAGCCUUCGACUCCAAUGGCUUCUAGCGAUAUCUCUUCCAGAUUUCAACCCUUUGGGCAACAUGCUCACUUGACUGGUAGCUUCACGUCAUUACAACAAUCUGGGUCUGAGGAUUUUGGCAACAAUAGCCAAUCAGGUAACCAGAGUGGAAACAACAAUGAGAGGUUGAGCUCCAAGUUCAACAGUUUGAAUUUGGCCAAUAACGGAUUCGAUAGUCCUAACUCCGGUAUUUGGGGUCCAAAAUGA